UAAAGAUAUACUGUCAAUAAUGGAUAAUUACGUGAGAUUUAUAAAUAGGCACGGAAAACCCUGAAUAAAGAUAGUGUCAGGAUUUAAGAAAACGGAUAUCAGAUGGCCGAUGUAUUACCACGACCAAAUACUUCAGAAUAUCUCCGGGAAUAUUUUCGUAAACCAUGCAGACGAAAUCAUAAUAACGGCCAGAUCGCAGGUGAUUCCUGGUGCAAAGAAUCACGCCAAAGCAGAAAUUGCGUGUCAGAAUGCGACAAUUUAGGGAUAUGGACUGGCAAACCUAAUUACAGGGAAUACAGUACUGUCCAAUCAAGACUCGUUUCCUUCAAAAACUGGCCACCAAAUAAAACGCAAACGAAAGAGCAACUCGUUGAUGCUGGUUUUGCCUAUACAGGGGUUGAUGACUCUGUGAGGUGUUAUUACUGUAGUAUUGGGCUUCGUGACUGGCCGGAAGGAGCUUGUCCCUGGAAACAGCAUAUACUAGCAAGUCCUACAUGCGGUCACGUGAUCCAGUGUAAAGGUAAAAGUUUUAUAAGACAUGUUUUGGGAGAGCAGGCUUAUGAUUCUGGAUCUGAUGUUGACGAUUCGGACGAAGUUAUUGAUACUGUACAACUUGCAAUUCAAAGAAAUAAAGAUGCUGUGAAUGUUGCUCGAGAAUAUUGUUCAAAUGAAGAUGUUCUUAAAAGGGCAAUAAAAUCUUUGAUAGCAAAAGAUUUAAACAAAAGGUUCACGGCUGUUGAACUUGUUAAAACCGUACAAGAUAUUGAAGAAAUAUGUGAUGGAUCAAUCUUGUCAUUUCCACUUGAAAGGAAAGACGAUAAACAUGAAGACGAAUCAGGUGAUGAAGAAACAGAAGAAGAUGUUUUGGGUUCAAUCGAGGAAAUGGCAGAAGCAAACAGAGAGUUAAAAGGGCCUGUAACGUGCAAGAUCUGUCUUGAUGCGAUAGCUUGUAUCAUUACCCUUCCCUGUGGGCAUAUGAUGUGUUGCUCUCAGUGUGUACCAGCUCUUUCAAAGUGUGCUUUAUGUAGAGCACAGAUAAAAGGCACAGUUCGGGCACUAAUGGCUUUUUGAUGUCCAAAUUCUCGAAUGUUUUAAUUUAAUUGCAGUGCUUGGUCUAGCAUUCCAUUUUGGUUUUAGUUUUUCCUCUUAUAACAGAAUCACAUUUUGAAGCUAUACAUAACAAAUAUUUAAGAAAAUUGUGCUGCUUAAUAAAACGUAAAUUAAGCUUUUUUGCGUACUAAAUGUUCUUUAACGUUUCCUUGUAUUUUCAAUUAUAGCAUUCAAACGAUCCGCCUUUACAACUAACACAUUUUAACCUUGUUCUAAGAUUUUAAUCAUAUUUCAUAUUCCGUUACUGAUGACAAACUUAAAUGCAGCUGUUUCAAACGCUUUUCUAUAUGAAUAUCUCUGUACAAGCAAGAAAAAAUUCAAUUUUGGAAGAAAAAAUUCAGAGUAUCAAGAUCAAGAGGAUAUACGUAUAGCGUAUGAUUAAAUAUCUGGAAAAAAGUGAUCCCUCGGAAGCAUAAAAAACAGCAAUAUUACACGAAAAUUGCAGACUCGCUUUGAUUUUGUCUGUAUAUGAGGGAUUAUGUAAAGGUGCAACAUCCUUCACGUCCCCUAACAUCAGCUUGAGCGGUACUCAAUUCUCAACACUUAAAAGUGCUGGACUUAAUGAUCCCGAAGGACCAGAAAAAUAUAACAACACUGAAGUGAAGUACGGGGUUACUUUUUACAGCUGCCACACAUCACUAAACACCUGCUGUUGUGAUGUAUAAAUAUCUGGAAAAAGUGAUCCUUCGGAAGCAUUAAAAACACCAAAAUUACACGAAAAUUGCAGACUCGAUUUGAUUGACUCUGUACAUGAGGGAUUAUGUAAAGGUGCAACAUCCUUCACGUCACCUAACACCGGCGUGAGCGGUACUCAAUUUUCAACACUUAAAAGUGGACUGAAUAAUCCCGAAGAACCAGAAAAAUAUAACAACACUGAAGUGAAGUACGGGGCAACUUUUUACGGCUGUCACACAUCACUCGACACCUGCUGUUGUGGUGUAUAAAGACCGUUACAAGUAUAUCCAUUGGUUGUUUGUAGACGGUGUAUGAAUUCAAUGUCAUUUACUAGACACCGCUACCUGUAAUUAUUCGAGAUUUUACACGAACCAUCUUUAUGAAACCUGCAAUUUAUAAAACAUCUUUAUGAAACCUCCCAUUUAUAUUUUCAACCUACGGGCCAGUAUCGCAGGUUGGUUCUUAUUGAAGAAUAAAGCACACUGAAUUUUUUUGCAAAUUUUACUUUCUCGCGUUCUUAUUGUUAGAUGUGAGUUUUGCGCUUUUUUCUUCCAUUUUUUAUCAUCGCAUAGCUUAGCUGUCGAAACUGGUAGAUGGGGUCGUCAAAUGCCAUAGAUGUCAUUAUCUAGAAAAUGAAUUUCACUUUGUAAUUUAAUGUCUAGAUUUUUUUGAACUAAGAAACAAACAUAAAAAAAAAAUUUUUUU